CGCUCACUCUCUUCUGCCCGCCAUCCCUAACGGAGGCACCUGUUCCUGGUGGCGCAGCUCCUGGUGGCGCAGAGCACGCGGGCCCGGGCAGCGCGGAAAGCAGGAGGAGGAGGAAGAGCAGAACAGGUCUGAGGACCAGAAGCUUCGCGGCACACCUGGUGGUGAGCAUCGCUAGGAAGAGGAGAAGGCAAGGAUAGGCCCAGGAGUAAUGGCGUCCAAAGUCAAACAAGUCAUACUGGAUCUCACUGUGGAGAAAGACAAGAAAAACAAAAAAGGUGGGAAGGCCUCCAAACAAAGUGAAGAAGAAUCCCACCAUCUGGAAGAGGUUGAAAACAAGAAGCCUGGGGGCAAUGUCAGGAGGAAAGUCAGGCGACUUGUGCCUAACUUUCUAUGGGCCAUACCUAAUAGGCAUGUUGAUCACAGUGAAGGGGGAGAGGAGGUUGGGAGAUUCGUAGGGCAGGUGAUGGAAGCCAAGAGAAAGUCUAAGGAGCAACAGAUGAGGCCUUACACGCGUUUCCGAACCCCUGAACCUGACAAUCAUUACGACUUUUGCCUCAUACCUUGAAAUCUAAGGUUUUCUCUGGGCUCAUAAAAUGGCCACUGUUUUACAAGCUUGUAUUUUGUGGGGUAUCUUUUCUGUAAACUUUUGGUGUUUCCACUUAACGAUUUCUACGUAAACAUUGUUUAAUUGUUGCAUUGAAUUCUAAACAUUCCUAUCAGCAUGGCAAUUUAACCCAUUUUAGAAAAAAAUCUUUUUCGUAAUUUGAAAUUAAUAAAGCAAAUUUAAAAAGCAA